AUGGACGACUAUGAUGGCGCAAUGGACCGCCACACUCCCCAAGCGUCAUCAACACUGGACCAAGUUGCACGCUAUAUCCUCGCCGACUCUGGCUCUCCGCCCGGCAUCAUUGUUCUCGCCGGCGCCGGCAUCAGCACCUCGGCGGGGAUCCCAGACUUUCGCUCGCCCAAAACAGGACUGUACGACAACCUCGCCCGCUUCAACCUCGACAGCCCCACCGAUGUCUUUGACAUCGAUUUCUUCCGCACAAACCCGCAACCCUUUUACUCCUUGGCGCCGGAGCUCUACCCUGGCCGGUAUGCACCCACCAUCUCACAUGCAUUCGUGGCCCUUUUAGCCCGCAAGGGGCUGCUGGCCAUGCUAUUUACGCAGAACAUUGACGGCCUCGAAAAGGCGGCCGGUGUGCCGCCGGAACUUGUCGUCGAGGCCCACGGCAGCUUCGACUCGCAGCGGUGCGUCGACUGCGCGCAAGAAUUCCCCGCCUCAGACAUGCGCGCCCACGUUGCCGCGUCCAGGGUUCCACGCUGUGGACAGUGUGGCGGGCUGGUCAAGCCGGAUAUAGUCUUCUUUGGCGAGCGGCUGCCGGACAGGUUCUUUCGCGAAAGGGAAGCCCACCUGCCAGACCUGGAAGAUGAACCGAUCCCCGACGCUUUGUGGGGUCCUCGCGCCCGGCAGGUGAUCAUCGUGAUGGGAACGAGCCUCCGGGUGCCGCCGUUUUGUGAGCUUCCGGUCAGGGCCGCGGACGGGGUGCCGAGAGUCUUGUUCAACCGGGAGGUGGUGGGGGAUUUUGGGGAGAGGGAAGAGGAUGUUAUCGAGCUUGGAGACUGCGAUUCCGGGGUCAGGAAGCUGGCGGAGAUGCUGGGCUGGGGGGUCGAGCUCGAGGUUGAGUGGCGGAGGGUGGUGGGCAACGAGGAGGCAGAGAGGCAGCUUGUGCGGGCUGCUGCUGCUGCCGCUUCCUAUCCCACCUUGGUGAUGGACGAUGGAAUGUCGGAAGAGAGAUCUGACAUGUCCGAAUCUGCCUCUGAUGAUGAGGAGGAUUUAAUGAGUGAUGACGAAGAUGGGAAUCAUGAGGUCAACGAUUUUAGCAGCUCAUCACUUGGGGCUGUCGCCACGCCGCUCACCCUGGACAGCACCUACUACAACCCAAUUCAGGAUCAAAUGGUUCAUAUCUCUUCGAGCUUACCAUCGGGCUCCUUGCCGGCAGACCUUUCCUGCCUUGUACCACCAGUCGAAGGGCAUUUCCUCGGCUCACUUGACCAUCAUGACAACUUUCUCGUCGAUCCAAUCGGCACACGGCAAGCACAACCAACUGAUUCCUCAGACCAUAAUCAGGCGAUGCUGGAUACCAUUCCAUUACCACAUGUGCACACGGGGAGUCUUUCAGCUGAGGGCGACCCAACAAACCAGAAUCCUGUGCAUGAUGUCAGAAACCCUGACAUUGCUGACCCCAACCGCGCCUCAAACGAAGUUAUCAAAAGCACCGGACCGUUCCAUCUUUCCGAGUCGCGGGUCCAGGCCGAGGGCAGUGCCGGUCCAGAUCCUAUGAGCAUGUUUACCUGGCAUGACGAUCCUGGCUUCUGGGGUGAAUGGUCUGGGCCGGGGGAUCCUUGA